AUGGCGAUGAGUGACGGCGAAGAUAAGUCAGAGAAGCUGCUAAGAGUUGAGAAAAUUGGUGGAAAAGGAAGGAGUUUAGUGGCGGCAGAGUCUUUACGUGCAGGACAAGUUAUCCUUAGAGAGACUCCUCUACUCCUUUACUCUGCUUUCCCUUUUCUCUCUUCCUCUGCUCCUUCUCCGUACUGCGAGCAUUGUUUCCGACUGUUACCUCAAUCGGCGCAUAAAUGUCAGUCUUGCUCUCUCGUCUCCUUUUGCAGACCUAAUUGCCUCGCCUCUCACACUCCUUGGCUCUGCGAAUCUCUUUCCUGGAUUCACCAAUCAUCCUCAUCCGCUUUCUCCGAUCAACCUUGUCAACGCCAAGUCCAAGCUCGUUUUCUCCUCUCUGCUUACAAUCUCGCCGCUUCUUCUCCUUCUGAUUUCCAGACAUUGCUUUCGCUCCAAGGUAACGUAAAUCAUACGGAUUCAGACGCAGCUAACUUCCUUCACUCUCUUUUAUCCGCCGUGUGUCCACCUUUUCCGGUUCCAUUCUCGCCGGAGCUCACGGCAGCUCUACUGGCUAAGGGUAAAGCUAACGCCUUCGGUUUGAUGGAGCCGUUCUCUGCUUCAAACGAGAAAAAACCGAUACGACUACGAGCAUAUGGGAUUUAUCACAAGACGUCGAUUUUCAAUCACGAUUGUCUUCCUAAUGCUUUGAGUAGAUUCGAUUACAUCGACUCUGCUUCCGACGGUAAUAAUGAUAUCAUCAUUAGGACGAUAUACGAUGUUCCUCAAGGAAGAGAAGUCUGCUUGAGCUAUCUCCCUCUGAACAUGACCUACUUGAGCAGACGAAAGAGAUUGCUUGAGGAUUACGGUAACAAAUGUGACUGA